AGUAUGUCACAGACCAAGUUCGAGAAGGCCGUCUCCAUCGUCCAGAGCCUCCCCAAGGAGGGCCCCAUCCAGCCCACCCAGGACGAGCAGCUUCAUUUCUACAAGUACUACAAGCAGGCAACUGUCGGCGAUGUCAACACCUCCCGCCCUGGCAUGCUUGACUUCGUAGGCAAGGCGAAGUGGGACGCGUGGAAGAGCGUCGAGGGCACCUCGAAGGAGGAUGCGCAGACGAAGUACGUGGAGAAGCUCCUCGAGAUCCUCAAGCGUGCGGACUCGGAGGAAUCCAAGAAGUUCGUCGCGGAAAUCGAGGCCGCAUAGGCGGUGCGUGUACGAGUACAGCAGCAGCAGAAGUCCGUGCGGAAUGUAUACCACCAGUGUCUGACUCCCGGCCACAUUCCCUGCGAUGGUCAGGGGCGAACCUUGGGCUAUUGGGCGCGUCAUGAGGACCGGGCGCGGUCGUGGACGGGGUGCGGCUUCUGCUUCGGAUGUGAACUGCCUGGCUGGUUGCCGUGUAUGUGCAGCGCCGGCGUCAGUCC